CUGCACCCAGCCCACCCGCACUGCUCGUCCAUGUCGGCCGCUGCCCGUCAUAUAGCACUGGGCUGAGAGGAGUCGUUCACCUGGCGCCGGGCAGAGGGCGGGCACCACUAGCCGUGCCCUGUGUGCUCAGUCCCACUUCCCCGCUCAUGCCGCCUGUCAGUGCCCGGUGACGCCCACUCUCUGCCCUGUAGUAAAACUUCCAGUAAGUAGAAGGCCCCGGCUCCGGGGCGGUGUGUGAUCGGUGUCCGGUCUCUGCAGGGAGGAGCCCGGGACAUGUCCUCCGCGGUGGUCCGGUGAUCCGGCGGGCGCGACCACCUUCUUCCUCCACCAUGUCGCGCUGCUGCGGGGAGUAUCAGGUUUCUGAAGAUACCAGGCAGAGACAAUGGAGGCUUUUACUGCGCAGAAAAUGUACCGACAUCCCGUGGCUGGUUGUAUUCUUCCUUUUCUGUUGCGGUUUGGUGUUUAUCAGUGGAUAUUCCUUGAUGGCCGGAGCUGCAGAGAGACUCAUCUUUGGUUACGAUAGUUAUGGAAAUGUGUGUGGGCGAAGAAACUCUCCGAUACCUAAUGCUCCCUUUUCUGGAAAGGACAUGACUGACAGAAAACAUGUUUUCUUCCUGGAUUCAUGCAAUAUGCAGAUCAGAGACCUCAGAAUCAAUUCCACUGCUUUGUGCGUGUCAAGUUGCCCUCAGGAAGAGCUAACCUCUCUACAAGACCUGCAGCACUUUGCAAAGAAUAAUGGCUCACAGCUUUGUGUAUAUAAAUUGAACUACACGGAGUACACAAACCAUCCCAAGGUUUCAGAAUGGUGUCCUGCACUCCCGGUUCCUCCAAGCAAAUCCUUCCCACUCUUCAAUCGCUGCGUUCCUCAAAAUCCAGACUGUUAUAGCAAGUUUGCAUCAAUUUUGAUAAAUGUGAUCAAUGAAGUGGACUUCUUUCAUCGUAUACUUAGUGGGAUUAUGGCUGGCAGAGACAAUGUUGUGGGCCUCAGCAUUCUUGCAGUUGCUUUGUCAGUGGUGAUGGUCUUAUCAUUUCGUUAUAUCAGCACUCUGAUGGUCCAUAUCUUUGUAACCCUGCUCAUGUUUGGAUUACUUUUUGUCACCGGCGUUCUCUGGUGGCUGUACUACGAUCACAUCCAUGACGUUAGCUAUGAGCUGGAAACUGAAAAAGAGAACGCAAAGUUUUUGCUUGGAUUCUCCAUAAUUUCUACACUAAUAUCUAUUGUGCUUUUGACGUUCAUAUUCUUGUUGAGAAAGAGAAUACAGAUGACAAUCCGGCUCUUCCAAGUUGCGAGCAGCUUUACCAGCCACAUCCCCUUCCUGCUGCUUCAGCCGCUCUGGACCUUUCUCAUUCUUCUCUUCUACUGGAUACUUUGGGUGGCCGUGCUUCUUAGCAUGGGGACCUCAGGCAGUGCCCAGGUGUCAUCAGAAGGACAAGUGGAGUAUAAGCCACUGGCCGGCAUCCGCUACAUGUGGUGGUACCAUGUAUUUGGUCUUAUAUGGACCAGUGAGUUCUUCCUCACAUGUCAGCAAAUCGUUAUUUCUGGAGCUACUGUUACCUGGUACUUACACAGAGAUAAAAAGAAAGUUAAGCACCCAAUCCUAUCCUCCUUGUCUCUUCUGUUUUGGUACCAUCUUGGCACUGCCGUCAUGGGAUCUUUAUUACUGAUGCUUCUGAAAAUCCCGCAGAUUAUUUUAAUGUAUCUGUCCAAGCUGCUGAGUAAAUGGGACAACGCCUGCACCAGGUGCACAUCUCAGUGCUGUUUCUGCGGUCUGUGGUCCUAUGGAAAAUGGCUGCGAUAUCUGAACCAGAACGCUUACACAGCGACUGUAAUUAAUGGAACGUCACUAUGUACAUCUGCAAGAGAAGCCUACGCACUGAUGGAGAAGAACCCCCCUUCUGUCUCAUUACUGAAGUCUUCUGGGGUGUUCCUGAUUUUUCUAGGGAAGGUUUUUGUUGUGUGCUUCACUGUGUUUGGAGGACUUAUGGCUUUCAACUACCAUCGUGAAUUACACGUGUGGGUCAUACCCUUGCUCCUGGUUGCCUUCUUUGCAUAUCUGGUCGCCCACAGCUUCUUGUCUUUGUUUGAGACCGUUGUACACAGUCUACUCAUGUGUUAUGCAAUAGACAUGGAGACCAACGACGGCUCUUCUGAGAAACCAUAUUUCAUGGAUCAAGAUCUCAUGACAUUAAUACAGCAGAGCAACUGUGACCCUGAGAUGUUAAAAAACAGACCCGUGCAGAAUGGGGAGGACGGUACAGAACUACGUCCAAUAGCCAGAGCAGACUAAACAUGAUUCGUGGUAGAUAAUCCAGCGCCAAAACAGAGGUGGACGAGAGCACUGAACACGUAAUAGUGGGGGGUGCAGAGCCAGAAGUUACUGCUUUGAUGAAUUCGUACCCUUUGAUGUCAGACCACAACAUGUUCAUUUAAUUUUAAGUUUACUGUGCGGAGCAGACAAGAGGCCGGAGAUCUGGCGGGUUUAGCGCGGUGCAUAUAACUGCAGUCUGGAGACAGCUCAUUCAUUGUGAGGUUUUAGAAAAGAUCUGCAUUUGUGCCGGUAUAAGGGCGCCCUCACACGCUGCGGAUGUUGUUGCUAAAUUUCCCACGACUGAAAAUCUGUUCUCUUCACCUACAGAAAUCCAUGUGCUUGCUGCCCCCAUCGAAACAAAUUGAACCUAUUUUCAGUUGUGGAAAAUUCUGCAACAAACUCCGCAAUGCGUGAAGGCAUCCUAACAGAUCCAAUUAUUUUCUUUUUUACAAAGUAUGUUAUUUUUUUUAUCUCCCCUUUGGAGCCAAAAAUUAUUGUAGAAAUUAUAUUUAUGCAAUACCUUAAAA